GUACCUUCAUACUCUGCAAGUCUGUAUAGUAUUUGGCGCCAUCCGGAUGCAGCUCAAAGUUUCAGAAACAAGAGAACACAAGACGAGAGCUAAUUAUCAGAAAUUCAGAAUAUCCUCCAGGAUCGAUACAUUAGAUUUGCAUUUUCUAUGAUAAUUGAGGACUAUUCUUCUUCUCAAUCAUUCUGAGAAACAAAGUAUCACAUAUAUCUCCCGCUGGGCGGCCCGAGUUCGAAUCGUGGGCUGUAGGUUUUGGAUAAAGUUUUGUGACACGCUAGGUUCUACUGCGUUUGAAGGAUCCUAGUGUUUGGUUGGAACUUUCUUCUUCGACUAUAUCAGGAUGUCGCUAAGUCCUAUGAAAAUCUUUUCAUAAUUUCUGAAGGCUGAGAUGAGAUGCAACGCGUGUUGGAGAGAUCUGGAAGGCCAGGGUAUCACCACCACAUGUGGCCACCUCCUCUGUACAGAAGAUGCACAUAAGAUUCUCGCUAAUGAUGCUGCCUGCCCAAUCUGCGACCAAGUCCUCUCCAAAAGCCUCAUGAAACCUGUGGACAUCAAUCCAGGUGAUGAAUGGAUAAAUAUGGCCAUGGUCGGGAUAUCACCACAAAUAUUGAUGAAGAGUGCUUACAGAAGUGUGAUGUUCUACAUUGGGCAAAAAGAAUUGGAGAUGCAGUAUAAGAUGAAUCGUAUAGUUGCUCAAUGCCGACAGAAAUGUGAGGUUAUGCAAGAAAAAUUCACCGAAAAACUGGAGCAGGUGCAUACUGCAUACCAGAAGAUGGCUAAGAGAUGCCAAAUGAUGGAGCAGGAGAUUCAGAACCUUUCCAAGGACAAGCAGGAGCUACAAGACAAGUUUGCUGAGAAAUCCAGGCAAAAGAGGAAACUUGAUGAAAUGUAUGAUCAGUUGAGAAACGAAUACGAAUCAGUAAAACGUUCAGCUAUUCAACCAACCAACAAUUUCUUCUCCAGAACCGAGCCUGAUUUGUUUUCAAACACUGCUAGUAUGAUGGAUAAUAGAGACCCUCUUAGAAAAGAUUGGUUGGUUGCCACUCCUAAAACUCCAGGGCCAAGAGAAGAUAUGUGGCAUCCCACAAGACAGACCAAUUCUAACUCUGGACAUUUUGAUAUGUCUAACGCUUCACCUAUAAAGCAAUCCGGACUUCAAAUGGAUGCUGCUGGGAACAAGAGAAUGGGCAGUACGCGUUCUGCUUUCGGCGGUGGAACGGGAGCUGGUGCUGGAAACCCCUCAAUGACGAUCAGGAACCUCAUCCUCUCACCCAUCAAGAGGCCUCAGCUUUCUCGCGGCCAGCCCCCAAUGUUCACCUUGUAGACUUGCAGAUGCAAUAUUGCCUUUGUAGCAGGAAAACACCACUGACUUCAUAUGUUAGCAUGUAUUAGUUUUUUACUCUUCUGCUACUUCUACCACAAAUUGUAAUUUCAUGGUUUUCUUAUUAGGUGGACCAAAUGACACAUAAAGAGUUGAUGCAAUCUACCAAAGAUAGCUAUGUAAAGGGUCUCAAAUACCUAUAUAUGCAGGGGCCGAGCUAGGGGGGCUUACCUAGGCCCCGACUUACCCCAAAUUAAAAAAAUGCUUUUAUUUUUAAUGUAAAAAAUUUCGUGUAAUUUUUUCCCAAAAAUAUUCUUUGUACCGGUUCAGUUUGGCUCAUUGCUCUGGCUUCGUCCCUGUGUAUAGGGGCACUUCGUUUAUCUUUUUUACAAUGUUUUAGGAAAACAAUGUACUGCAUGCUAUGAAAAACGUGGUUAUUGAAUAAUGAAGAUGCUUUACGAUGAA